AUGGCUACAUUUCCAUCUCCUCUCGAACGAACGGUGGCUUCAGCUCUCCUCCUCCUUUCAUCUCAACCCUCCAAGUUGAUGAUCGAAUGUUGUGACGGUGAGACGAAAGGGAAAGCAGGCAUACUGAUCUCUUCGACUGAAUCCGAAUCCUGCAGUUCAUCUCCAUUUCAUCAGUUAUCCUCUCGGAAGCAACAGAAGUUACGGAUCACCACUGUGUGGCUCCCUGCCAUGAGAUCAAGCUCAAGGUUUCGUUGUUCUUACUCGGAUCCUCCUCUUUUCGCUGCAUUUUGUUUGUUUUUCGUCAGUUUCGUGAUAAAAAAGAGGCGAUCUAGGACCGGAGCUCCGAUGGCCGGAAUAUAUCCUUCAGGUCAUUCAUCGAAUAUGGAAAAGGCUGAGACGACGUCGUGCUUGUCGAGCAGCUCAUCCAGCGGCAUCUCGAGCGCGCGAAGCCAACGUAAAACGAACAAAGCCGAGAAAAUACAAAGGAAGAGGCGCAGCAGCGGCUCGAAUCACAUGCGGCGCCGAGCCGAAGCCAUUUUGAAAUUGCUUUCCGGUGGUUGCUUCUCUGAGGUUAACAUCCGUCGAGUGCUUGGCGACAGUCCAGACACUAGCAAAGCCCUUCGAAUGUUGCUGAAGCAGGAAGAAGUGAAGAGAUCAGGAACGGGAGGGCAAAAAGACCCUUAUAUUUACACGUUUAUAGCACACGUUGUUUGUUGCAGAUUGCAUGAGAAGCAGCUUCCAGGACGGUAG